AUGGCUUGGUCUUAUAAUGACUAUCCUGACAAUAUUUCUCAGCCAUCUAUUACUUCUACUGAUAGUAGUCAAUAUGACCAGGUUCAUGUCAGUAUAGGCAAAGGUUAUUGGUCUAUUAUCUUUGCUAUUCUUCUUCAAAAAGAGUUUGUGUUCUUGUUGAAUCAAUCUGCAUUGGCUCUAAGGAUAGACUGA